CAGAAAUUCCUUGGAACCUUUUGUUGCCACUUCUAUUAAAAAUUAGACUAUAGAAGCUUCUUUGAUAAAUUAUAUCACUAAAAAAAAGGAAUCAUCAUCACCAUUUUCUUCGUCUUCAACUUUAUUUAUACAACCCAAAGUCUAGAAAUAUCCUUAAGCUGGAAACUGUUGUGAUAGCUGCGUUAAUGGAGUAUUCAAAGUGAAAUGCCAGACUGAGUGACAGUUUGGGUAAAAGUAAGACAACGCCAUUAGCACACAACGACGACUACACAAACUAUAGUGACGACAACAAAGGUAAACGACGUGAUUUCCCUAGACGGCAGCAGCCAGCAAAAACAACGACAGCCCCAUUUCAUCCCUCCUUUCAGCGAAUGUCGCAGCAUUAUCGCCUCAGUCUUCCAAAGAGGAGAUGAUGCAAUUGUACAUGUUAAUUCAAAGUCCUUCCAUCAAAAUUUGACACUAAGGCGCACAGGAGCUCAAAUGUCAUACGCAUCGACACCACCAGGUGGAGAAGCGACAUGCGAAAAGCUGGUCGUGGUGACACUGACAGCAGCAGCGAUAGAGAAUACUUUAUUCUGCUCCAUCAAUUCAAGGAUUUGAAUUAGAAGGGAGAGUUUUGUUUACCACAACAUAGUAGUAUCGUCCUUGUGCCUUUUUGUGGAGAGAAAGAGUGAAAGAGAUAGAAAACAUUUUCCAAGAUAAAUUUUAAUUUAUUUUUCCUCCUUUUCGGUUUUGAAAAAGGAGCAACAGGAGUACAAAUAAAAAAAAAAACGAAAAAAAAAACAAGAAUAGAAAAUGAUUUGUCAUCCUGGCUGGCGUGAGAUCAAGCAGCAACGACGAAGACCCGGCUACAACUCAUGGCUGAUAGUAGUCCUCCUUACACUUGUCACAAAGUUGGAUGAUAAAUUGAUACUUGCCUGUCCCUCAGAUGUGUGCAUCUGCAAAUGGAAGGGCGGCAAGCAAACGGUCGAGUGUGGCAGCCAACAGCUUGCAGCCAUCCCCGAAGGCAUGGAUCCCGGCACACAGGUACUGAACUUUUCCGGAAACAGUUUGCAAGUCCUCCAAUCCGAACGUUUCCUUCGCAUGGACCUGCUUAAUCUGCAAAAGAUUUAUCUGUCACGCAAUCAACUGAUACGAAUUCAUGAGAAAGCAUUUCGAGGAUUAUCCAAUCUGGUCGAGCUGGAUUUGUCGGAUAAUUCAUUGCAGCAUGUACCCAGUGAGACAUUCCAAGACUACACAUCCUUGAUGAGAUUGUCGCUCAGCGGCAAUCCAAUACGUGAAUUGAAAACAUCAGCAUUCCGACACUUAUCGUUCCUAACCACACUCGAGCUUAGCAACUGCCAGGUGGAACGAAUCGAAAACGAAGCCUUUAUCGGAAUGGACAAUCUCGAGUGGCUUCGUUUGGAUGGCAAUCGUAUUGGUUUUAUCCAAGGAAGUCAUAUACUGCCCAAGUCCUUGCAUGGAGUUAGUUUGCAGUCGAACCGAUGGACAUGCGACUGUCGACUGAUUGACAUGCAUGCUUGGCUAGUCAACUACAAUACCCCCCAGACUGAGGAGCCCAAAUGCGUUGAGCCACCCCGACUGAAGGGCCAAGUGAUAAAGGCUCUGAAAAAGGACGACUUGGCCUGCUUACCCGAGGUCACUCCCAAAUCAACAUACACCGAAAUCUCGGAAGGCCGCAACAUAUCAAUCAUGUGCGUGGUAAGGGCACUCCCUGAACCCAGAGUCCUUUGGCUCUUCAACGGCCAAGUAAUGACCAAUGACAGCUUGCUAGACAACCUACACAUGUUCUACUACAUAGAUGAAUCUGGCGGGGAGGAGAAACGCAGUGAAGUCUUUAUAUACAAUGUUGGACCCGAAGAUAACGGCACAUUCUCGUGUGUUGGCCAAAACAUUGCCGGCACAACUUUCAGCAAUUACACACUGAGAGUGAUUAUCAAGGAGCCACCCGUAGUAAAGGAGGUAUCCUUUCCCAAAGACUACAUGAACUACAUCAUAGCCAGCAGCCUGGGAGCAUCGGUUAUAUUUGUCGUCCUCCUGUGUACGGUUGUGAUCAAGUGCCGGCAAAAGAAGAAGCCAAAGAUGAAAAACAAGCCCCAGGAGACCCACACAACCACAAAUGACAAUGGCAUGAUGAAGUGCUCGUCCAUAAUCAACGGCGAGGAAGAAUUGUCCUCGCCAAAGAUGGCCAAAGAGAAUGGUGUCGUUAUCGGUGGCCAGAUGAAACAGAAUCUCAUGAUGUACGCUCCUGUUGCCCAUCACAUCAUGGAUAACGGAAGCAUGCAAUUGACAUCGAGUGGAGCACCAACACCACCCCUAAUCGGUGGCAGCAAUGAUGGGAGACAUCCUUUGGGGAUGAUAAGCGGUAGUAUAGCAUAUUGUUCGCCACCGUCGUCGGUGCGCAAUUACCAGGAGAAAAAUCCGGACCUGGUCAACGAUGCCGAGAGUGUAAAGAACAAAUUGAAGGCUUCAGCCUCAGAUUGUGGCGGCGGCGGUGGUGGGGCAGAGUAUGAGGUAAACAGCGAUUGUUCCGGACCAUGUAGCAUACCGCCUGGGGGUGGCGGUGGUGCCUUUGACAACUGCUACCAACUAUCGAAUCAAUUUGGCUCUCAAAUUAUUCGACCGAGCAGUGGUGUGGCACAUGCUCGUUUUACCGCUGCCAUGUCAACAAUUCCUCGGGGAUUGCAUCUAAAGGCGAUGAAUAGUAGCGGCAGUAUUGGGGGCGGUGGUGGCAACCAACAUCAGGUGGAUGUGCAUUUAAAUCCUGUGUGCUUCCUGGGACAAGACGGCUUCGCCUAUGACUUUAGUAACAAUCACUUGCAGCAGCAGCAGCAGCAACAACAGCAGGCGGUGCAAUCCAAUCAGCAACAGCACUUUUAUCGUACACUGCCACACAACAGGGCCCACAAGCAGCAGCAGUUCGCUGCAUCAGCAGCUAAUCCAGGUACCCGUUAUAGCUUGGAAGCGGAAUUCCUUCAACGCACCGGAACACCAACUUAUGAGAAAUACCACCUACCACACGUUCGGUUCACGGCCGAGGGAUAUCCGGUUCAUCCAAUUGUGCAAUACCCAUCUCCACCGGAGGGCUAUAAGGCUGAUUAUAGUGAACAGCAUCAUCAGCAGCAGCAGCAGCCAGCAAUGUUGGCAACACAACAAACAGCAGCAACUAUAUGCAGCACAACGAGUUCGGGCUUCCAGCAGUGGCCACCAUGUCUGCCGGGCUAUCAUGCUCAACCAAUCCGAUAUCCGCCAGGAGCAAUGACAACUUCAACUAUGCAAUCCUUACAACAGCAGCAGCAGCAGCAGCCACAGUCAAUUGUGUCCUCGCCACCAACACCACAACAGAAACAGCAACAACAACAAAAACAAUUGUCAAACUCUUCUGCAAACGGAACUGGGCCAACUGCAUCAGCAGCUACUGGAGGAACAACCAGCAUUAGCGGCACCACUAUCAAUCAGGUACCAGUGACCUCGAGUCACACGCAAACCAACACAAGCAGCACGGCGACCUCAACGUUCGAGGUAAAGAAGCGAUGCGUGGGCGCUCAAACAACCGACAUGGAGUCGUCCUCUCCCAUACCGGAGGGUGAUGAGGAGAUGCUACCAAUGCCAGCAGGCCAACAACAGCAGGAAUCAUCAUCUAAAUUACGUCAUUUGACGGGACCGCUGGCUGAUAGUCCCGACGAGGGUUAUGUUGGCGAUUCGCAGGAGGGCUCAGAUAUUUGACAGAGGGACGAUGAUGGUUCGACGUACGUAAGUGCUGGUUGUCUUGAUGAUUCAGUUGCUCUAUAAAAGAACGAAUAUCUCUAACAGCAAUAUGUAUCUAUCAAAAACUGUAAGUAGGGUAUUAAUAUCAGAGAAAAACAAACACACAUAUACACAAAAACACACUUAUAUACGCAUGUUAGUGGUGAUGGAAGGUUUUUUUUGUGAAAAAUAAAGCUUUGCAAUUGAAGUUUCGUUGCCAUCAAUCGAAAAGUUUUGCGGAGCGCAGAAAUAUAAGAUAGACAGUUCGACUAAAGUUACAAAUGAGAUGGAUUCUUUCAUUGGAAUUGUUUAUAUGUGAGUAGGGUGUCGUUGUUGUCUCGUCCUUUAAACAUGUAUAGGUACAUGAGAAUUUCACUAUUUGACGGGCCCAGAAGUAGUGUGGUGGUGAUAAUUGAAAAAGUUUUCAUCUAAUUUAAAGUUCAUCUUUCGUUAAGUUUUUUUCUGCUUUUUAUUUAGAUUUUUUUUGUUUUGCUUAUAUUUGAACUCUAUAGCUGUCACUCACACAUUAAAUAAAAUCCUUUGUAUAUCCUUGUUGUUUAUGGUGUAGCUGACGUUUGUAUCCUUGGUUUUUU